AUGGCUUGUCAAACAGGAAACAACGAUACAGUACAUCUUUUACUUGAAAAGGGUGCAAAUGUAAAUCAGUGUGACCAACGAAAUCAAUCUCCCUUUUUUGUUGCAUGUGGUAAAGGGUAUCUAGACAUCGCAAAGUUGUUGCUGAAGACAAUUAACUCAAUUUCUAUAUGUGAUGUACAUGGCCAGACACCCUUACAUGUUGCUUGCGAAGGCGGGCAUAUUGAUAUAGUUGAGCUUUUACUUGAUAAAGGAGCAAACAUAAACCAGCAAGGUCGGACUAAACAGACUCCAAUUUAUUUUGCAUGUUCUAAAGGACAUAUUGAUGUAGUGAACGUGUUAUUGAACAAUAAUGCCGAUGUUUUAAUCCGCAAUAAGUAUAAACGGUCACCGUUGUAUGUGGCUUGUGAAAUGGGAUAUACAUACAUUGUACAACUUUUACUACAACACUGUGCUGACGUUUUAGGAUGUGACAAAUUUGGAAUGUCACCUUUGCAUACUGCUUGCAAGGGUGGCCAUGAGGAAAUAGUGAAAUUAUUAUUACAGAAAAACGUUGAUAUUGAUCAAUGUGAUAGUUAUGGGCAGUCACCAUUGCAUAUAGCGUGUAGAGGAAACAAUAGUCAACAUGACCCUCUUGAAUUAAUUUUAUACGAUGAAAGUUAUACAGAUAUUGUACAUAUUUUAUUAGAAAUGCAUGCUGAUGUUACAUUAUGUGACAAUCAGGGCUUUACGCCUUUGAAAAUUGCGAAAAAAUAUGGAAACGUUGAAACAGCACGCCUUUUAAAUCAAAAACGAUUGCAAUAG